AUGGCUGAGAUGGUCAAGUCUGUCAUUGUUGGGGAGGUAGUUAGCCGGAUUAUUUCUGGUAUUGCCCCCACCAGCAAAAACGAGGGCAAAUCAGAUGAAGAAGCAGGAGGAGGAGGUGGCCUAGAGAGGCUGGAGAUGGCGCGCAUCAAAAUGGAGGCCGCCCUUCAGGCGUCCGACAGGUGGCAGAUCACCGACAUGUCGCUGCUCCAUUGGCGGAAGAAGCUCAAGCGCGCCGCUCAGGACUGUGACAACGAAGCGCGCAGAUGCAGGCAACUUUCUUGGGAAGAACAUGAGGCAGAGCAGGUGGUAAGGAAAUCCUCAUUUCCCAUACGUGUCGCUCAUGCAACCAAGGCAUUCAUCUCCUCUCGUGCUGGCUGCAACAAUGAUCAUUCCUCUGCGGGCAGUGCCACUGCCGUGGCCAUCCGAAAAUUUGAGUGGUAUGCAGAAGGCGCUGGUGAAUUUAUCAAAUACGUGCAACUCGGCGGGACACCACGUCAACACCUAUUCUUUGACCCUCUCAUUGGGCAUAUCUUCGCAGGCAAAAGACUGGUGUAUGAGUUGUUGCAUCCAGGAGGACGAUAUCAGUUCUUCGGCGUAAGACCGAUGAGUUUCGAGGAGAGAGGGCUGGAGGCCAUGGUAUCCUUUGUGUAUGAAGAUUGCAAGAUGCCAAAUAGUAGUUUUUGCUUCGGGUUCAUGAUGCGCCUUUCGAAGAGUACGGACAUAAUUGGAACUACGGUCAGUUGCUUGCGACUGGUGAACCCUCACUUCAAGUCCAUGGCCGACGCCAUCAUAAAAGAGAUCACCCAGCUACCCACGCAAGAUUUCUCCUGGGUGCCGACAGAAGUUAAGAACAGCCACACAGAGUACUGGAACAGCAUCCACCGAACUUUGACAGGAUGGUUCCGCCCAGACCCACUAUGUUGUCAGGGAUAUGAUCAUGACAGCGUGCCUUUAUGUUGUAGUGGCGGUGAUGCCAAGGGCAACAAUGGAAACAAAUUUAUGCUUUCGAGCGAGUUUCCAGAACCAGUAUGCCAAAUGUUUUUGCAACGUCACAUCUCACUUUCCGAGUAUAAUAACCUGCUGCUGCCAGGACCAACCACAAUCUCAGGUUAUGAGGACACUGCUCCAGAGAAUUUCCCACCUUUGAAGCUAGGAAUCUUAUUUAUGCCUCAUGAUUCUCUAGAGGAAGGCCCCAAGUCUGCUGGCGAGGGCUCUGCCAUAGAGGCGAUAGAUGGAGAGAAGCAAGGCCUUACACAUGCGAAUGUUCACCCACACCAACUUGCUGACAUCUUGCUGCCCAAGGCGAUAACUCAUCUUUAUACUAACACUCAGGCUACGACUUACCAGAUAUGUUGGACGUCAAACCAUGGCAGUGCACACAUGUGCGUGGAGAAGACAAGAACACUCAAACGAUGCAGUGGCAUCAGAUCAACACGGCGAGGUAGGAAACUUAAGAGCACGAGUACUAGGGUGCGUUGUCAUAUGCAGCAGAUUCAACAAAUAAGGGAAGUGCAGUGGAAAAGGCUAGCCAGAGAUUUCCUCAAAUUAUGGACGGUGCGUUCCUCGGAGAGAUUGCGGAGCUUGUUUUCGGCUUGGAUUGAGCAGUACUGA